GUAACUUGAAACUUCAAACAUAGUAAUGCAAAUCCAAUUUCCCAUGGUAGUAACACUUCAUAAAACUGGUAAGAAGAGAACAUAACACAGAGAAACAACUAAGAAAACGACAAAAUCAACGCCACCACAAUCUAUUGUUUGCUAAUAAUAAUGUCACCUUUUUACUGCCACCAAAACACACACACUCUCUCUCUCUUUCUUUCUCACUGACAAAAACACAAACACCUUCUCUUCACUCUCCCAACCCCCACAAAAAAACAUGCCACUCUGUUACACUCUCUUCUUCUUCUUCUUCUUCCUUCAACACAUUCUAACCUUCACCAUUGCAACCUCUUCCACCACCAUUAUUCUAGAAGGAAGCACCACACUCCGAAGUCCAAACAACACCUUCGAACUCGGAAUCUUCAACUUGCCGUCUUCCAACAACUUCUACCUCGCAAUCCGCUACGCUUCCCUCUCAAAACAAGCCCUCAUUUGGGUGGCUAACCGCCGCCAACCCGCCCCAACCCAACCCAAUACCACCCUCCAACUUACCAACACCACCACCACGUGCCACCUCAGCCUCACUCACCCCCAAACCUCACUCCCUCUAUGGCAAACCCCAACUCCAAAAGCCCCUUCCUUUUCUUCUUGCAAUGUUCAGUUAUUGGAAAAUGGAAACUUGGUUCUUCUCUCUUCCGAAAAUGGCACCGUUUUGUGGCAGAGCUUCGACGAACCAACUGACAAGUGGCUUCCGGGUAUGAACUUGACCCGAACCCAAUCCCUUGUUUCGUGGAAAACCGAAACGGACCCUUCGCCGGGGCUUUACUCUCUGCGGCUGAAACCACCGGAUUACGGUGAGCUUGAGCUUGUUUUCAACGGCACCGAUUCGUACUGGUCCACCGGAAACUGGACCGGUAAUUUUUUCACCGGAAUUCCUGAGAUGACGAAUCCGUACAUUUACCGGUUCCAUUUCGAGGAGCCUUUUACUGUAGCUGCGUCGUUUGGAUUUACAGAGACGACUUCGGAUAGUGGUUUGUUCCGACGACAGGCUGGUGCGUGGAACAAGUUUUGGUUCAAGCCUGAGGUUUGUCAGGUUCGGGGGCUUUGUGGGAGGUUCGGAGUUUGCAAAGGUCAUGAAAGUUCUGAACUUUGUGUUUGUGUUGAUGGGUUUGGGCCUUCUGAUGAAGUGGGUUGGGGGAAUGGGGAUUACACUAUGGGUUGUGUUCGUAAAAAAAUGGAUUCUUGUGAUAAAAGGGAUGGUUUUCAGGACAUGGGGUUGGUGAAAUUUGGAUCUGGUAGUGUGAAUUUUUCGAAAGCUAAGUCUAGGAGCCUUUGUGAGAGUAAAUGUUUGGGAUCUUGUGAUUGUGUUGGGUUAACUUUCAGUGAAGGGAGUGGUUUGUGUAAGAACUUUUAUGGGUCAGUGUUUGAUUUUCAGAAUGUGAGUUCUGUUGGUCUUGGUGUUGGUGAUGGUGGUGGUGCGUUGUAUGUGAGGGUGCCAAGAGAUGGGAAUGAGAAGGGUUUGGAUAGUAAGGUUUUGAUUGUUGUUGUCCUUGUUGGGUCGGUGGCAGUUUUGGGUGUUGUGGUGGUGACUUUGUUGGUGUUGGUGAAGAAAAAGAGGAAGAAGGAGUUGGAGGAGGAAGAUAGAUUUAUUCAAAUGUUGAAUUUGAGGAUGUUUUCUUACAAGGAGCUUCAAUUGGCAACAAGGGGUUUUUCGGAGAAAGUUGGGCAUGGUGGAUUUGGGACUGUAUUUCAAGGUGAAUUGAGUGAUUCAACUCUUGUUGCUGUGAAGAGGUUGGAGAGGCCAGGGAGUGGGGAGAAAGAGUUCAGGGCCGAGGUUUCGACGAUUGGGAACAUUCAGCAUGUUAAUCUUGUGAGGCUUAGAGGUUUUUGUUCUGAGAAUUCACAUAGGCUUUUGGUUUAUGAGUUCAUGCAAAACGGUGCAUUGAGCGGUUAUCUGCGCAGGGAAGGGCCUAGUUUGAGCUGGGAUGUUAGGUUUCGAGUUGCAGUUGGAACAGCCAAAGGGAUUGCAUAUUUACAUGAGGAGUGUAGGAACUGCAUUAUACAUUGUGAUAUCAAACCUGAGAAUAUCCUUUUGGAUAGUGGUUUCAAUGCAAAGGUUUCGGAUUUCGGUUUGGCAAAGCUCAUGGGGAGGGAUUUCAGUAGGGUGCUGGCAACCAUGAGGGGUACUUGGGGGUAUGUUGCUCCGGAGUGGAUUUCCGGGGUGGCAAUUACUGCCAAGGCUGAUGUUUAUAGUUAUGGAAUGACAUUGCUUGAACUAAUUGGUGGUCGCCGAAACAUUGAGACACUGCCAUCUGCUGGUGGUUGUGACAGAGGCAAAGAGAGUGGUUGUGAGAUGGGAGAGAGAUGGUUCUUUCCUCCUUGGGCGGCACGGCAGAUAAUUGACGGCAAUGUGGCUUCCGUGAUCGAUAAGAAACUUGGAGAUGUAUAUAACAUUGAGGAGGCUAGAAGGGUUAGUUUGGUAGCAGUUUGGUGCAUUCAAGAUGAUGAAGCUAUUAGGCCUACAAUGGAUAUGGUGGUGAAAAUGUUGGAAGGGUUAGUGGAAAUUAGGGAUCCUCCAUUGCCGAAUUUGCUACAAGCAUUGGUUACCGGCGAGUCCUUUCAAGGCGUCAAGUCUGAUUCCGGCAAUGAGAUUUCCACCGGCGGAGGCUUAUCCGGCGGCAACUUGGAAGUGUCAAUUGCUGAUUCAGAAUCAUAUGUUGGAGAUGCAUUUCCCUCCCCAAUGGAUGUGAAUGUCAAUGUUGAUGUUAGAUAACAAAGGUUAUGGUAAAUUGUUAAUUAGUCCAACAAGAUCAUAGCAUUUU